CCCGGCCAUGGAGCGCUGCUGAGCGGCCCCCGGGGCCAGCGGAGCGGAUCAUGAACCUGGUGGGGGGCUACCAGCAUCACCACCACCACCACCAUCACCACCACAUGCUGCACGACCCUUUCCUCUUCGGGCCGGCGGCGCGGUGCCACCAGGAGCGCGCCUACUUCCCCGGCUGGGUGCUCAACCCGGCCGAGGCCACCCCCGAGCUCGCCGGGCAGAGCCCCAACUACGGCCCCGCCGAGUACGGCCCGGCCGGCCCGGGGCGGCUGGAGGCUCUCAGCGGCCGCCUGGGACGGCGAAAAGGCGUCGGGGGACCCAAGAAGGAGCGGCGGAGGACGGAGAGCAUCAACAGCGCCUUCGCCGAGCUCCGCGAGUGCAUCCCCAACGUGCCCGCCGACACCAAGCUCUCCAAGAUCAAGACCCUGCGCCUGGCCACCAGCUACAUCGCCUACCUGAUGGAGGUGCUGGCCAAGGACAGCCAGCCCGGCGACACCGAGGGCUUCAAAGCCGAGCUCAAGAAGGCGGACGGCAGGGAGAACAAGAGGAAAAGGGAGACGCAGCCCGAGCUCUAUUCGCAGCCUCUGGGGCACGGCGAGAAGAAGCUGAAGGGCCGGACGGGCUGGCCCCAGCAGGUCUGGGCUCUGGAACUGAACCCCUGAGAGCCGCCCCGCCCGCCCCUCCAUGUGCAAUGUCGGAGAGCGCCCAGCCCGGCCCGGAGCCCAUCCAG